GUUUCAUCUACCUCUCUCACCCACCACAGACAGCUGGGAGGCAGACAGCACGACACAACAGGAGGAUUUCUUAAUAUCUCUUCUGCUGCGUUCUUUAUAUCCUGCAGUCUGACGACGUGCUCCUGCUCAGUUCCAGAAGAGUCAUUUUUGGCGCCGUGGGACAUCUCCUUCCAUUAGAACAUCUUUGUGAUUUGCGAGAAAAAGGACAUCUUUACAAUAAGCUGUCGCCUCUGUGUCUCUGUUCUGGGAGGAUGCUGCUUCUAUAGACACUGAGGCCUUUCUCUCUGAAGAUUACAGCCGGAUAGUCAGGUUUUGUCUCCAUGCUGGGAAUAAAAGGAAAUGUGGAUUUUCUACAUAUUAUUAAAAGUGGAUGACACAUCGACAGGAAGACGGCACUUAGACAAAGAAAUAAAAUGGCAGUAAAGACCUUCUGUGCUGUAGCAAAGCCCGAGGAGGUGGAAAAGUACGCCAGAGGAGAAGAUGAGGGCAGAGAUUGUUUGCAGCAGUUCCUCUGCUGUCCAGCUUGUAACCAGGACUAUGACAUGGCCCUGAUCCUGCCGUGCUCUCAUACUAUGUGUGCUCGCUGUGUGGCAGCUGCAGAGGGAACCAGCUCGUGUGGUCCACGGCAGUCUGUGUGCUCGGUGCUGUGCCCCUGCUGCAGACAUGGUGUAGAACUGCCCUGCUGGGCCUGGUCGUCUGCCACGUCCUGUCUGCCAAAACAUCCCACCCUGAGGUGUGAACGUGUGAGAGGGGAGACAGGCAUGGAAGGGGGGUCACCUGAAGAUCACCUUCAACAUGUGCAGGAGGAGAAAGCAGCACAGACCGGUUUACACUGCUCCAGAGCUGCCAUUUCCUCAGUGAUACCAGAGGAUGGUGCUGUAGACCUGCAAGAAGAGGAAAUGGAGCGAUCUGUUUUUGGACUGCAUUUUGCUUUGGACCCUUCAACUGCCCCUCCAUACCUCCAUCUUUCCAACUCCUCCCUCACGGUCACCUACCACAGACAGAGUCCCCCGGCCCCUCCUCCAGAAAACAAGAUCAGGAAAUCGACGAUGAGCCCUGACCCCGGGGCCCUCUUUCAUGUUUGUGCUGAUGUUGUGAUUGCACGGGGACAAUACUACUGGGAGGUGGACGUCUCCAACAGCUCCGUCUACAGGAUUGGUGUGAUCUCAUCGGACGGCCCUGCUGGCUGGUGGCUUGAGAGGCAGGGCUCAUCUUUCUGUGCCUUGUACGAUGGCAGCUGUGAGCCAGUUUGCACUGUCCCACCUCAGAUCAAAACCCUCGGGGUCUUCCUCAACAUCGGAGGGGGGACCCUGAGCUUCCACAACCCUCUGACUCAGGAGCAUCUGACCACGCUGCCCACCAGCUUCAGCCCUGGUGGAGUGCUCCCAGCCCUGGGCCUGGGUCAGGGCAGGCUGAGGCUGCGCUGCGGCCUCCCCCCUCCUCCUCACGUGUUUGUCAGUAAGGACUCGGCCUACAGGGGGCCUUGUAGGGCCAAUGGUAGUCGGUGGCGCAGGGAGGUUCCCUUCCAGUCUGUCAGGAAAGUGAUACAGAAGUUUGAGGAGCUGGCUUUGUCAGACUCAGACUCGGGUCUUGUGUCCAGUUUUGGAUCAUCCUGCUCCACCUUGGCUUCCCUUCCAGAUGUCGCAAUUCCUGGGAGGUUUCCCUCUGACCAAGCAGGACAGGAAACUGAAGCUGAAUGAGAAGAGCUUCUAAAACUUUCUCUUCAAUGGAAGCAACAAAAAGACCCCCAGUUCCCCUACAAAGUUUGAUCUAUGGCUGUCAUUUGAAAGGCAAAUUUUCUAUCUGGAGGGACUUUUAGCUGCCUCUUUCUACUCUCUGUGUGACCCCGGAUCGGCAAUUGACUCUCUCCCCAGGACGCAGGCCUUUCUCUCAGCUAAACAACCCCCACUGGUUCGGGCUUGGGGCAGAAAGAGACCUAUGUAAUGUGAAGUGUGAGGAAAGGGUGGGCUUGUAACAGCGGGACUUCUUGAUUUGUCUCAGUGUGACGGUUGUCAGACAGUGGGGGUCCUGCACCAGCAGUGUGCACUCUUCACUGUGUGUAUGUGAGCAGCAGCACUACGCUGAGCGUUUGCUCGUCACUCCUCCAUUUCGGUGUGUGUGUGUGAGCAAGAGGGAAUAACGUACAAGCAGCAGGAGGUGAGAUGAUGAGGUGCGAGUACAGCGACACCAGUGGUGUUGACACAGAGCAGCAAGGACAGGUGGUAGCAUCCGUUUAUCUCCUCGAUAGGACAGUAGGGCUACCCUUUCCUGACCCUUUGAAAGCCACAGGACCCCCCAAGACUUCAAAAGGGGUGACAGAGAGCAGGAGAACAGAGAGAGAGAAAGAGAAAACAGCAUGCAUGAAUUAAAGACAGCAGGUGAUGAACUGGAAAAGGAAUGAGCUAAGAGAUUCCCAGCAGCUUUAAUACCAAGAAGCCCUUAUGGAUGUGCUAGCUCAGGCCACCCCAUGUGAGAACCUGUUUUAAAGUAGAACUGUGAUAGCACAUGUAGUAGCAUAGCACAGAAACUUUAAGAACCUUACGAAGAAAGCCUCAACGGACCUCAGUCCCAUUUUAAUGAAUGUGAUGUCUGUCAAAUGACUGAAUCAGCAAGUGAACAUGUGCGUCUGUGGUGGCUAUUGAUGGAAUAAAAGUUAGCAAAUAUCA